UAGGGUCGGAAUAAAAGAGCUGGAAAUAAAGGGGACCUAAAAGGCGCCGGGCGGGCCCGAUACACACCAGUUAGAGCCGGGUGGCUGCUGCAGAGCCGGAGCCGGGCCGCCUCGCACCAUGGCGCCCACCCUGGCCACUGCCCAUCGGCGCCGCUGGUGGAUGGCCUGCACUGCUGUGUUGGAAAACCUCCUCUUCUCGGCAGUCCUCCUGGGCUGGGGCUCGCUGCUCAUCAUGCUUAAGUCGGAGGGCUUUUACUCCUACCUGUGUACAGAGCCAGAGAAUGUCACCAAUGGCACGGUUGGGGGCGCCGCAGAGUCCGAGCACGAGCAGGUGAGCUGGAUGAAUGGUUGGCUCACCUGCCAGGCCCAGGAGGAGAUUCUAAAUUUGGCGUUCACCGUGGGCUCCUUCCUGCUCAGUGCCAUCACCCUGCCCCUGGGCAUCAUCAUGGACAAGUACGGUCCCAGGAAGCUCAGGCUGCUGGGCAGUGCCUGCUUUGCUGUCUCCUGCUUGCUGAUUGCAUAUGGAGCGAGUAACCCAAACUCUCUCUCUGUGCUCAUCUUCAUCGCCCUGGCUCUGAACGGUUUUGGUGGGAUGUGCAUGACCUUCACCUCAUUAACACUGCCCAACAUGUUCGGUGACCUUCGGUCCACGUUUAUUGCCUUGAUGAUCGGAUCCUAUGCGUCCUCAGCAGUCACCUUCCCGGGAAUCAAGCUCAUCUACGACGCGGGAGCUUCCUUCAUUGUCAUCCUCGUGGUGUGGGCCGGCUGCUCCGGGCUGGUUUUCUUCAACUGUUUCUUCAACUGGCCACUGGAACCCUUUCCAGGGCCGGAGGACAUGGACUACACGGUGAAGAUCAAGUUCAGCUGGCUUGGCUUUGACCACAAGAUCACAGGGAAGCAGUUCUACAAGCAGGUGACCACAGUGGGGCGCCGCCUGAGCGUGGGUAGCUCCAUGAGGAGUGCCAAGGAGCAAGCUGCUCUACAGGAGGGCCACAAGCUGUGCCUGUCCACUGUCGACCUGGAGGUGAAGUGCCAGCCUGACACUGCAGCAGCCCCCUCGUUCAUGCACAGUGUGUUCAGCCCCAUCCUGCUGCUCAGCCUGGUCACCAUGUGCGUCACACAGCUGCGACUCAUCUUCUACAUGGGGGCCAUGAACAGCAUCCUGGAAUUCCUUGUGAGCGGUGACCAGAAGACAGUGAUGGCCACGGUCGCUCUUUACACCUCCAUCUUUGGCGCACUCCAGCUGCUCUGCCUGCUGACAGCCCCUGUCAUCGGCUACAUCAUGGACUGGAGGCUGAAGGAGUGCGAAGAUACCUCUGAGGAGCCGGAGGAGAAAGACACCACCCAAGGUGAAAAGAAACAGAAGCGUGACAGGCAGAUCCAGAAAGUCACCAAUGCCACACGGGCCUUUGCCUUCACAAACUUGCUGCUGGUGGGCUUUGGGGUGACCUGCCUCAUUCCCAAUCUGCCUCUGCAGAUCUUCUCCUUCGUCUUGCACACAAUCGUGCGAGGAUUCAUCCAUUCUGCUGUGGGGGGCCUAUAUGCGGCCGUGUACCCCUCCACCCAGUUCGGCAGCCUCACUGGACUGCAGUCUCUGGUCAGUGCACUCUUUGCUCUCCUGCAGCAGCCACUGUUUCUGGCCAUGAUGGGUCCCCUCCAAGGAGACCCUCUGUGGGUGAACGUGGGUCUGCUCAUCAUGAGCUUGCUGGGCUUCUGCCUGCCGCUGUACCUGAUCUGCUACCGGCGCCAGCUGGAGAGGCAGCUGCAGCAGAAGAGGGACGACGACACGCUCUUCCUGAAGAUCAAUGGCUCCUCUAACCGAGAGGCUUUCGUGUAGUCACCAUCUCAGAGCUGUGGCCUCUGCCCGUGCUUCAGUGACUGGCUGAUGUCCUCUUCCCCACCCCAGAGGACCCCACACACCCCAAGAUCCUCUCCUUCAGCACACUGGAGCCCACACUUCCUCACAAGGCCCUGUUUCUUUUGCAGAGCUCUGGGGUGGACAGAUAGGAGAGGGCCCCGGAUGGGUGAUUUUCACUGUUGAAAGCCGGGUUGCCCUGGCCUGGCUGUGACCCCAAAGGACUGUGGGGUCUCGGGUCUCCAUGGUGCCUAUAAGAAGAGCCAAGGGCACCCUCAGCAAGCAGGCUCUUUCUCUCAAAGGUCUGGAUUCUGCCUUUUGCCAAAACGGGGGCCUGCCAUCACCCUCAACCACCACCUGCCCCUUGGCUGCAUGCCCACUGACCACGCCUGCCUGAGGACAAAGGCUUGCACUGUCUGCACCCCCUCUCCUGGCCCCUUACCUCCCCUGUCCAGUCUGCGGCUGCCUGAGGAAGGAAGGACCCGCUUCCUGUUGUUGGUGCUAACCCCUUUGUAAUCCCAGCUCCCUGUGGCCUGUACUGUCUUUGAAGGCCUGUGGAGAAGCCCCUCAGGUCUGGUUGGGAAAGGCUUGGAGGGCAAGAUGGUCACACAAAGCCUCAGGAGCCAUGGACAGGGCUGAUGGGUCGCCCCUCACCGCCUCCCUCAGGGUGAGAGGAGCAUGUGUCCACUGCCACCCUCGGGCCAGUCUGCAACCUGAGGGGAGAGGAAGAGGCACCACGAGGCCACUCCCUACACACAUAGCUAUUUUGUGGGUUGGAAGUAGGGUUGUGGCUGACAGACAUGGAGGUCCAGGCAUAAGCAGGGAAGUGAACUGGUGAGUGACUGAGGGGUGUGUGUGUGUGUGUGUGUGUGUGUGUACAUGUUGGGCGGGGGGGGUGGGCUCCAGAGUCUGCCUUUAUUCUCACUGACCAGGCCAGCAGCCAGCCAGGCCUACAGAAGGCCUAGGACCCAAGUACCAGCCUUGUUCAUGUGGGGAGCUUGUGUGUUGGGCCGUGAAGUCACAGCGCCCUCUGCUGGUGGACUCCAUCAGAGUCCUGGAGCUGUUCACAUGGUGAACCUGCCUGGUUUACCAACACACCCAUCUUGACAGCCCCCAGAAAUGUGGGGUGCCAAGAAGUGAGUUGAUUUUUAAGUCUGUAGUUUUUUUUCUCCUAAGAUUUAUCAGAGAUUUCUUUUUAUAAAGCAAUAAAUCCAUUUCCUCCUGGUAAGGGAUGCCCCUCCUAGCAUAUCAGUUGACCACUGUAUAUGCUUGUUUUGAGCUUAACGGGAAGAGUCAGGACGAGAUGUUCUGUCACUGACCAGCCCAGCUGUGCUUGAGUACACACCAACUCUCUGGGUGACCUGCCCAGGGAGGGGCAUGAGCAAGGAAAAGAUCUGAUGUCCUCCCAUCCUCCACCACCCCAAAUAGGGCUGUGAAAAGGUGUGGGCUGUCCCCCCCUCCCUCCCCAGCCUGCUGUCUGUCCCAGCCAAACAGGCUAAUGCUAGCCCCUUCGUGUCAUCUAUACGGAUUUCCUGUCACCUCCCCACAACACCAAGGGUUUUUCCUGAGUGCAAGCCAUGGGCAAUCCCUGGAGAAGCACAGGCCAAGCAGCAAGGUGUAGGACACAGGCAGAGAAGCAAAGUUCAGGCUCAGUACUAACAGUGGCACAUGGAAUCUCAUAGGCCCCAGCCUGCUCAAAUGUUAAAAUCACAACCCCAAAUAAUGAGCUAAGGAACGCAGCUCAGUGGUAGAGUUCAUGUUUAGUAGUGCAAGCCCUGGGUUCAGUCCCCCCCAAAGAACUGUAUCAACAUUUUGCAAACCACUUCUUAGAACACUGGUCUGUGAUAUGUUAAUGGUUCUUCUAGUUUGGAAAGCUUUGUCAAGUGUGAGAGAUCCGAGUUAAGGCCAGGCCAGUUUCUUCACAGCAAGCGCGUCGCAUGACCAUGACCACUGUGGCUCUCCAAGAAGAGACACAGUAGAUAAAGGCAGGAGCCUCUCGAGAUUGAGGCCAGGCCGGGCUUCGCAGUGAGACCGUUCCCAAAAAUGGGCCGGGGAAGUAUUUCUUGGCAGAGUGCAUGCCAAUCAUGCCUGAAGCCCUAGGUUUGGUCCCCAGCACCACACCUACCCCCCCCCCCAGCAUUUGGGAGGUGAAGCCAGGGGAGCAGAAAUGCAAAGUCAUCCUUAGCUAUAUAGUGAGCUCGAGACAAGUCUGAGUUGUAUGAGACCCUGUCUCAAAAAAGAGAAAGAAACCACAAGUGUUCGAUAAAAUGUGAGGAAAUCGGAGGCCUCUUACAUUGCUGGCGGGAAUGGUAUUGCUGCUAAGGCAAAGAAUCUGGUAGUUCUUUAGAAAGUUAGACAUAAACCGGGCAUGGUGGUGCACGCCUUUAAUCCCAGCACUCAGGAGGCAGGGCCAAGGAGGGUCAGCGUGAGUUUGAGGCCACCCUGAGACUACAUAAUGAAUUCCAGAUUAGCCUGGACUAGAGUGAGACCCUACCUUAAAAAAAAGGUGGGGGGGGGAAUUUAGGCAUAACCUGGCAUGGUGGCACAGACCUGUAAUCCCAGCAUUCAGGAGGUAAGGGAUGGCAGGCCUGAGGCGAGCCUGAGCUCACUACAGUGAGAUGCUGUCUCAAACAUCCCCGAGGUUGUGGAAUGCCGCUGAGUCAUGUCUCAAGCUGGGUCGACCUCUCCCCCACAUCACAGCCGACCCAGUGCCAUCUGCAGAAGCUCCUGGCAUGUUAAGACUCCAGGUCUCACCUCUGCCUUGAUUCUGGUGCCUCCCGGAGUUUGAGGUCCACUGGUGAAGAGAAGGGCACUCUGAGGAUAAUACUGGCUUGAAAAACCCCUUCCUUUUUGGGUACAUACACAGGUUGGUCAGACAUAGCCUGUGCUGUCCCUGUCCCUCCUUCCCCAACAUGUCCUCGUGGCCACAAUCCUUGAGUGUGGCGCUGUAAGGGAAGAUCAUGGGAUUGGAAGACUAGACAUGAGUGUGGAAAACAGCCCAGGGCCAAGAAUGCAUGGGGAUUAGAGGCAUGGGAGUGGGAGCAGGGUACAGGAGUGUGGCAAGCUGGGUGAGUGGGGGAUUCCCUAAUAAUUCUGCCCUUACUUGGUACAGCAUUAACAGGCUAUGUGUUGUUGUUGGUUUUGGAUUUUUGAGGUAUGAUCUCACUCUAGCCCAGGCUGACCUGGAAUUCACUAUGGAGUCUCAGGCUGGCCUCAAACUCACGGCGAUCCUCCUACUUCUUCCUCCCUAGUGCUGGGAUUAAAGGCGCUUGCUACCACACCCAGCUUCCGACCCUAUAUUAUAGUUGGGGAGACAGGCUCACAGAGGUAGAAAAACAUCCAAAGUAAGAACCAGGACUGUCAUGUGGAUCUGAAGUCAUUGAAGCAUCCGAGGCCUCUAGGUGAGAACGUUCCACUGGGAGCAGCAACCCAGGAGGUUCUGGGCCUCCAGGAGGGCAGCAACAGCCUGAGGCAGGGGAGCAAGCUCAGGGUGACCUCUAUGCCUGGGAGCCAAGACUUCCUCAGGUGUGUGCGUGAGCUGUCCACAGCUGAUGGGUACUUGAGGGAGUGAUUUUCUGGUCACCCAACCACACACAGAGUGCCCAGAAAGUGGGGAUAAGAGCACUGGCUGGACACAGGCAGAGGCCACCAAGUGGCCUUCUUGUCUUCCCACCCUGUCCUCAUGUUCCUGGGUUGGAAGAAACAGGAAGUGAUGCGUGGCUCUGUGGUUUCAAUUAGCAAUGACGGGCACUGCCAGGAGCCAUUUUCUGUGGUCUAGACACUGUGGUUGGCUUUCUUCAAGUCCUCUUGGUCUCUGCCUGCAUCUCUUGCUGGGGCCUGUUCACAGAGCUCUUUCCAACUCUCACAAAUGCCAAAAACAAGAUGCCCGCCCUUGGGGUUCCUUCCUGCUUUGGUCCAGUUCACCUCUCACCCACUAUAAUCUUGGUCAAAAGAACUUCUACACAAACCCUUGUCAUGCCAUAUAUGGUCCAGGCAGAGGGAGGGCAUCACACUAGCCCAGGCCCCAUGGACACGGAAAAUGAUCUCCCAUACUGUGGACAUAUGGUCAGGACUCGCAGGAAGCCGCAUAAACUUCAGCUAAGUAGAGGUUUUGGAGGUCUUUUGUUUUAUUUGAGACUGGCUCGCACCAUCUUGGCCUUGUUAUCUCCUGCCUCAGUUUCCUGAGUGCUGGGGUCUCAGGCAUGCAGCCUGGGUGAAUGUGAGCAGAUACAGAGGCUGGAGUGGCUGGUGAGGGAUGGGGAUAAGCUGUGACAAUUGUGAUGAGGAGGCCCUUGCAGAGAGCAUUGCAAAGUCUCAACAGAACUGAGCAGCAACCCCUCUCUCUGUGAAGGGCAAUACAAUGGGCUCUCCUGGGCUCUUGGGCCACUGAGGUGCCUUAUCUGUGCCAAUUACUAGGAUUCAACUUGAGGGUGGGAACCAUUUUCUCCAAAUAUAGAGUAUGGGCUUGAGAGGGUAGCAGCCCAGGGACCCCCAAAGUGUGUGUGUGUAUCCUCAAGUUGAAGCCCUCUGCUGGUGUAAGGGGUCAAGGGUCAGAAUGUGCUGUCUGCCUCACUCCCAACCCCAUGGUGUGGCAGAACUUCCUGAGUGUCCAGGGGAGUCAGCAUUCCCAGUGAGGACGGUGUCAAGGCUCUGGCUUCUCCCCAUCAGCACCGAGCCACCACCUGUGCCCCUUGGCCUCUGAUGUUAGUCAUUCACACGACCAGGAUCACGGGCGGCUCUCUGACCUUGACUUCUCAGGAGGCCUCAGCUCCCCAUGCUGAGGAGACAGUGAGGGGAAAGCAAAGGUUAGAGACCCCACCACAUACUCUCUUGGUGCCCUUGGGCAAGUCUCGCGCCUCAGUUUCCUUGUCUGAGAAUGGAGACAGCCAUGCCCUCUCAGGAUUGAAAUGCGGACAUAGCUAGGAGUAGUGUACCUGACACUUAGCAGACGCUCAACCACAGUGGCUUUAUAUUUGUGACUCUAGAAGAGAGCAGAUAGUACAGGGAAUGAGACAUCCCGCCCACAUGACAGGACAUCCACAGACUUGUGGCCAAGUAACGAUGGUAAGGUGUAUGCUGCUGACGCCACUUCCCUCAGAACCCUUCUCUCAGCAAAGCCUUAAGACGUUUUUCCCUUGCCCACUUUUAUGUCUUUUACAUUUUGGUAAGAGGCUUGGCCAGGGUCAUCUCUAAACUAUGGGCCUGUUUAUAGUGAUGACUGAAAUCCCAGCCCCUGGGAUGGCACCCUCCACACUGCCUCUUGGAUGACACGUGUGUGUGUGUGUGUGUGUGUGUGUGUGUGUGUGUGUGUGUAGAUACAAAAUGUGUUCUAGGUGUGCCAGGGUGUAUAUGUGCUUAGAGCAACGUGUAGGGACUGGCCUGUGUGCUGCGCCAUCUGGAGACAGAAAAAAAAAUCUGUUGCUCGAAGGAGCAUCUAAGAAGGCAAGGUCCAGGGCCCAGCCCAAGUCUUAGGGUGGUGCCUGAGGGUGAAUCCAUUUCUGUGUUCACCAGGGUCACCUAGUGUCACCGAUAACACAGCAUCUAACGCAGGCUCUUCCCGGCCCUCUGCUGUUCCUAGCCUCUGGCACACCCCUUGGCACACAGCGAACACUCAAUAAAUGUAUGCUGAGAACGACUAA